CGGGGUGUGCUGUCUGCUUGUCCUGGACUGAAGUGCCCAUGAUCGAGUCAUCCAAGAAGGAAAAAAUCUGUUCCGGGUGAGCCCAGACCGCCCCGGAUGUGCGAUGGCUGAGGAGCGGACACCAGGGACCACACUGAGGUUGGGUUUCAGACCAAGAUACUGGAUUCUCCUAGUUAGAUGAAGAGCUUUGGGUGCCUGACAGUGAAAAUGGCAUAAUCUGCGUUAACAGUUCACAGCUUGAAGGCAUGACAGUUAAAGAACACACAUGGACUUGUGGCACAUGGAAAUGUGUGCACAGAAAAAGGAAAUCUAUAAUUCUUUAAAAGUAGGAAGGCAUUCUUCCUUGCCAAAAUGGGUACAUUCUGUUCAGUUAUCAAGUUUGAAAAUCUCCAAGAAUUAAAGAGACUGUGUCACUGGGGUCCCAUCAUAGCCCUUGGUGUUAUAGCAAUAUGUUCUACAAUGGCCAUGAUUGACUCUGUGUUGUGGUAUUGGCCCUUACAUACAACUGGAGGAAGUGUGAAUUUCAUCAUGUUGAUAAAUUGGACUGUCAUGAUUCUUUAUAAUUACUUCAAUGCCAUGUUUGUCGGUCCAGGCUUUGUCCCUCUGGGGUGGAAACCGGAAAUUUCUCAGGAUACCAUGUAUCUCCAGUAUUGUAAAGUCUGCCAAGCAUACAAGGCACCACGUUCACAUCACUGCAGAAAGUGUAACAGAUGUGUGAUGAAGAUGGACCAUCACUGUCCUUGGAUCAACAACUGUUGUGGUUACCAAAAUCAUGCUUCGUUCACACUGUUUCUCCUUUUAGCACCACUGGGUUGUAUCCACGCUGCUUUCAUUUUUGUGAUGACUAUGUACACACAGCUUUAUAAUCGGCUCUCCUUUGGAUGGAACACAGUGAAGAUUGACAUGAGUGCAGCCCGGAGAGAUCCUCUUCCAAUUGUUCCAUUUGGAUUAGCUGCAUUUGCUGCCACCUUGUUUGCCUUGGGAUUAGCUUUAGGAACAACCAUAGCUGUCGGGAUGUUGUUUGUUAUCCAGAUGAAAAUAAUUCUCAGAAACAAAACUUCUAUUGAAUCAUGGAUUGAAGAGAAGGCUAAAGAUCGAAUUCAAUAUUAUCAACUAGAUGAAGUCUUUGUUUUUCCUUAUGAUAUGGGAAGUAGAUGGCGGAACUUUAAACAGGUAUUUACGUGGUCAGGGAUCCCUGAAGGAGAUGGACUUGAGUGGCCAGUAAGAGAAGGCUGUCACCAAUACAGCUUAACAAUAGAACAGUUGAAACAAAAAGCAGAUAAGAGAGUCAGAAGUGUUCGUUAUAAAGUAAUAGAAGAUUAUAGUGGUGCCUGCUGCCCUUUGAAUAAAGGAAUCAAAACCUUCUUCACAAGCCCCUGCACUGAAGAGCCUCGAAUACGGCUACAAAAAGGGGAAUUCGUUUUAGCCACAAGAGGUUUACGAUACUGGCUGUAUGGAGACAAAAUUCUUGAUGAUUCUUUUAUAGAAGGUGUUUCAAGAAUAAGGGGAUGGUUUCCUAGAAAAUGUGUGGAAAAGUGUCCCUGUGACACUGAAACAGAUCAAGCUCCAGAGGGCGAGAAGAAAAAUAGAUAGCUACUGUUAAAAUGAAAUUAUCCUUUAAGUCUGCUUAAUUACUUGAAAAUUGUACAUAUUACUAAAGAAUUAUGCAAUGAGCCUACUCUGGUUAAGACGUUCUUUUCCUCAAAGGUGCCCUAGUGCCAUGAUUUAAAUAUUUUUAUUACCGUUUUGAAAUGGAGAAGCCAUUCUGCAUAUGCCUUUGAAUUCUUGCCCCUCUUUACCACCUCUUCUUCCCCCUCAAAAGAAGAACAUUUCACCUGAGUAAGUGAAUGGCAUUUUCUCUAGGAUUUUCUUAUGCACUGCACACUCUGGACCUCACCUGCAGAUACAGUUUCCCCCUUGCCAGGAGCAUCUGCAUGUGGUACUUUUCCCUCAGUUGGUAUUUCUGAUAUGAUAUUCUAGAUACUAUAGAAUUCAAUUUGUCAGAUUCAGUAUAAGCUCAAAUUUUGUUACCUGUCUUUUAAUAAUGCAAAUUUUGUCAAAUCAAAUAAAGAUCAAUGGAUGUUCUGUAUAAA